UUUUUUUACUAAUUCCAUUCGCGACUUUCUACACACAUACACCAGCAUUUAAUUCUAAUGCGUUAACUGUUUUUAAAUACGUUGUUCUACAUUGUGUAUAUCUACGCGGUUUAGGUAUUUGCGUUUCGGUUACCAUUAUUUACGAAAAUGCCACGCAUAAGACGAAGCGCGAAUUUACCCAUGUCUCGGGCGCGCAUAUCUGAGGUACUGUAUGAUCAUACGCGUCCAGAUACUAAUACUGAGCAUGAUACCAACAACGAUACCAACAACGAUACCAACAACGAUACCAAUAACGACAUUGACAAUGAUACCAACAAUGACAUUGACCUAUAUACAAAUAUUAUAGAUGCAAUGCCAAUCCCAGGGAUUCUUGAAGGUCAAGAUGAUAUAGCAACCGAUAAUAAUCAUGGAGGUAUGAUGGAUGAUGCUAUGCACGCUAAUUAUAAUAACGACAAUAAUAUACUGGAAGAUGAACAUAAUAGCAGCAGCGAAAAUGAAGAAAUUAUCGAUUUAAAUGCAAUACAGUAUGGCAGUGUCGAAGACAACAUGGAGCGUAUGGCAGAAUCAGCUUUAGAUCCAUCCGACGUAGAGGCUGCCAUAGAAUAUAAUAAUAUAUUCGAACAAAUAGAACCACCGGAACCAAGGGCAUUUGACGAGGACGACGACAGUGAUGAGGGAGAUCUAGGACUAUUGGACGGUUUAGAUUCAUCUGCGCUAUCAGGCACAGCCCAGACCUCGGCCACGUUCCAGGCCUCAGACGUCGACAAUGGUGAUAUACCCGAUAUUUCGUAUCCCCUCGAGAACCGACAUAACCAAGAAUUAAAUAUGUCUAAGUUCGAAAUAGCAAUCGCUGCUUAUACAAACCUUACUGGCAUGAGUCGUGAUGAAUGGGUAUCCUUACGUGAAAUCCUCACAUUAAUUCGCGAUAAGGAUGGCAACGAGAUCGACGACAUUUGCGCCCUUCCAACAGUACUAGCCACCCUGCAACAGCAAUUCCAUACUCGUCUACCUCUUCUGCCGAUGCGUGAAGCAGAAAUCCCACUCAGAGCCGAGAAGAUGCCCACCGAAUCAAAGUCUCGUCGGGCUAAAACCCAGGCGAAACUGGCACAUCGGAACCAGAACAAGAAACAAAACCGCAAGAAACGAAAGGCAGAACCUAUAGAGGAAACCCCUAUGCUCACAACCAAAUUAACGCUUUUUGAUCCGGUUGCCUUAUUUGAAACUCUUCUGGCCUCUGACAUCAGCAAUGAUAUAUACUGCGGGCCGGCUAUAUUCGUCGAUAACCCUACGGAAUUCUACCAUGGACAUUGUUGGUCUGGAUCAGUUCGUACAUCAGGCGGUAAUUAUGCCCACCUUGGAUCCCAAGCUAUAAUCUUUCCUAGUAAUUGGAUAUACUACCAGUGUACCAAUAGUAACUGUCACUAUCAACCUGCCAACGAAAAGAACCUCAAGACUACCGACCUACAUAUCGGACGCGUAUAUGGCGUUGGGUUAGACAUGCGUGAAGAGUCUUGCACGGGAAAAAGUAAGACUGUUAAAGCAUUACAAAUUCAAGAUUGUAUCCACCAAUAUCGCGAAGAUGAGCGGUUAAACAAUCUUGAGUUAAACCCAGGACUCCAUGAGAAUGAGUUAAUAUUGGUUUCAGAAACCAUAUAUAUACCGGAGACGAAUGCAUGGUCAUUGGAGAAUGUAUACCUGGAUUAUGAAUUUGGGGAGUGUUUUGACAAUCCCGAACCUCCCAAAUUACGGCCUAAUGCAAAAAGACAAACAAAACAGGAUAUACCUUGGCCAAAAUAUGACGUUCGUACAGAACCGUCAACUAAAGACAGUUCUGACAGGUAUUGGUUCGCUCGUCGUAUGAUUGUGUCUGGUCAGAAGGUGGACAAGAACCUCGAUGUACAUGCUACGAAGGAAGUAACACCCCUCUGUCAUACCCAUCCCAUACGCGCCGAAUUAGAGCUUCAAACCUACGGUCGAGCAACAUUUGAAAAAGAAUAGGAUCAACUCUUACCCAAUGCAACACCUGUUAAAACCAUUCCCUAUGUGAAUUUUAUCGACGGGUUUAGUGUCUUCGGCAACUCAUAUCGAUCUUUAAUGGGCGAUUAUAUUACACCAGCCGGACUAUGUAAAGCGGAUCGGUUUAGGCCCGGCAACAUAUAUCCACUAGUACUUAGACCGCAUGGGUCGAACUUUGCAGAUGUCGUGAAGGCACUCGGCAGGCUCGGGAUGCUAGAUAAAGCAAUAACAUCGAACAUCAAAGGUAAAUGUACUACAGUUUGUGCGUUUGCCUUAUGUUACACAGGAGAUAUGCCUCAACAGGCUGAAAACAGUGGGCUCAAAGGCC